AAAUAUCGAAGUAUUGCACAUCCGAAUAGUUUGAAAACAAAUAAAUCUGGCAACGCUUAAUACCUUCAACUCCUGCUUUAAAUAGGAUUAUUAUUUUACAUAAAUCCAAAUGGCUGCUAUAGAAGCUAUUGCCGAGAAAAAUGAUGGCCAAGAGCCUGAAAAAACCGUGGCCGACGCUAAAGUUGGCGCAGUUGUCGGCUGCACAGAACCCACAGCAUCUCAUACACAGGUGAAAACUGAAGGUGGAGGACGCAAACGUAAACGCCACAUUUUUAAUGCGAUUCGCGGACAAAUGGAGUUUUAUUUUGGCGAUGCUAAUCUCAGCAAGGACCGCUUUCUACGUCGAUACGUGGAACAGGAUCCUUACGUGCCGCUGGAAAUAUUUCUAACGUUCAACAAAAUCAAGACACUCACACAGGAUGUGCAGCAAAUAUCGACAUCGCUGUCCAAUUCACAGAUGCUGGAAUUAGACGAGACUGGACUCAAGGUUCGCCGUAAGACUACGCUGCCCGAGCACCGGGACGUCAACAACAAAACCCUAUAUGUUGAGGCAUUGCCUGCAACUGCAACCCACGAUUGGCUAAAGGAAGUCUUUGGGCGCUAUGGCUCGGUUAGCUAUGUAUCGCUUCCGCAUUAUCCGGGAACGCGAAAGAUCAAGGAAUUUGCGUUUAUUGAAUUUGAAAAGAGCAGCUCCGUGGAAAAGGCUCUGAAGGCCUAUUCAUUGGUUCAGGGCGUUUUAUCCGUGAAGCACACAGACCCCAGUAAUUUGGCCAGCAUACGGUCCUUCCAACACCAGCAGCAAAAGAUAAACCAAGAAGGUGCAACAGAGACAAAUGUUGUAGUCAAGCAGCCAAGCAAGCGUGAAGCAGAUAAACAGUGUGUACAGAUGGCCGUGACAGCCAAACGUGCGAAACUUGAGUCGGUGCCAGAGCAAUUCGAAGCAUCAGCUGCAGAAACUACUGAAGCUGAAACCUCACAGCAAAGUGAAAGCGACAAUAACAACGAGGAAAAGAACGUGAUUACGAAUCAGAAGCGUCGUCGUAAGCAAAAGAAGCGAAUUCUCGCAGACAAACUUAAGCCCAACAUUGAGCCCAGUGCACUGGAUCUAAAGGUAUUGCCCAAGACCAGUUGGUGCAGCCUUCGCAAUAAGUAUCUUAAUUUGCAGCGUCGCCUAAUCAGUGAAGCUAAGAGCAAGCUCUGGCGCAGCUCGCAGGUUCAGCAAUCCAUGCACAAGUGCACAGCUAUGCAAUUGCAAUUACAAGCACAACAUCAGCAAUUGGUGGAGUCGAAGGGUAUCUGCAAAAACAGUGUCAGCAGUGGGCACGAAGAGCCUGAACCUCUUAACGAUUCUGUGGAUGUGGCAGAAGUCCCGAUGCCGCCCAAGCGCAGAAAGCGCAACAGAAACGCUGGCGUCCACAAAAUGAAUAUGAAUUUCUAUGGUGCGGGUGGCAACGAGGCGGACGACACAAAAGGGGCAUCUAAGACUGAGGAUGCGGCGCAGGAACGCUCGCCGCUCUUCAAAUACGAGCCAGGUCUCAUUGUUGAAUGUGCGCUCCACGAGCCAUGCGUCAACGUAAAGGAUUUUAAGGCCGACAUGCGUCAAUACACAGACAUUAAGUAUGUGGAUAUCAAAGAAGGCGAUCAGGUGGCACAUCUACGCAUGGUCACACCGAAUGCCGCCGAAGAACUGACGCACCAGCUCAGCUGCGCCGAGAUGCAACUCAAGGUGUUGCGCGGUCAGCCCGAAACGCAAUACUGGCGUAAAAUCGAGCAGGAUCGUGAGGCUAAGUUGAGUAAAAAGGUCCGUGUACAGCAGAAACGCGGACGUGAAAAGGUUACUAAGAUGUUGGCUAAGCACAUCAAAUUUGAAGAUGCGGACGACGAGGUAACCAACGAUCUGGCUACAAGCGUCAGCAUUCCAUCUGAUAAUUAAUGUUACUCUUAAAAUUUACUCAAUAUUAUAUGAACUGAAUUCUAUAAAUAUGUAUCUGAAUACAUAGAACAAUAUGAAGUCGUUAUUUUUUUUUUUUUAUAAGUAUUUAA